GACAGCCUCUCGGUGACUGGAGACGUUUCAAAGAACAUGGAGAUGAACGCAACUGAGAAGUUUUACCUUCCCGUUGAUGGCAUCCUCGAAAUGUUCAACUCCUUCACCGGGGAUCAAUCACCAAUUACGCUCUCAGUUCUGCAAAGCACAGCCCUUACCCCAGCACUCCAAACCCCCCAAGUCUCAAACAUACCGAAGACUGGUAUGGGCAUCAUCAAAAUGGUCAAAGGGUGCUGGAGACAACAGGAUAAGAAAGUGGUUACGAGGAGAUCCUCCAGUUCUGGUAACCGGCAGAUGUCGACUGGUCGACUCCCCAAGGGGUCCGUGGAUCUGCUGGAGCUGGGUCUGACCAAGCCAAAGAACUGUCACAGAAUAGUUGUGCUUGGCGCACCCAAAGUAGGCAAAACCAACAUGCUCCAGCGGUUCCUGGGUGAAGACUUUGAAGAGCAUUAUGAGCCAACAAGCGAAGACUUUCACAGAAAGCUGUUUCACAUCGGAGGUGAGGCAUACCAGAUUGAUCUUCUCGACGCCGCAAGUGAGAGGGACUUUCCUGCAAAACGGAGGUUAUCCAUACUGACAGGUGACAUCUUUCUGCUCGUCUUCAGUGUGGAUGACAGAGAUUCUUUCACUGAAGUCUGUGAGCUUCUCAACGAGAUCAAAGCUGCUAAAGCGAAAUUACUGAAACUGAAACAUCCCGCAAGAGUACCAGUCGUGUUAUGCGGAAAUAAAGUCGACCUGGGAGCAGAGAGAGCCGUCAGCCGCUCAGAGGUGGAAGAGAUGCUCGGUGAGGGUGUCGCCUUCUUCGAAACCUCGGCUAAAGACGGCACCGGACUGGAGGGUGUGUUCACAGCCCUCGCCUCUCUUGGCGGACUGCCUAUCGAAACCAGCCCUUCACGGCACCAGAUCGUAUCCAUCCUCACCUACCAGUCGAUGUGUAUCAGCCAGCAAGGCAGGAAAGGGAACAGCCGUACGCGGGGGCUCGGUGCGCCCUGUGCCGCAGUGGAUCCUCUGGCGCGCCGCCCGAGCUUCACCAGCGACCUGCAGCUGGUGCUUGGAUCAAGUACCAAACAAAACAAAUCCGAGAGGUGUCAGAUUCAAUGA